GCCAGCAGACAGAGAGUUGCAGGAUGGACUGCAGCUGCCACCAUGAUGAACAUGUUUGUCCAAAGUGGGCUGGUAGCUGGAGGGUAGUACCGUCACUGCUGAUAUGCCUUCAAGCAGGGCACUAACUCCCAAAUUCCACUGGAGAGGUGCUGUGAUGUGAUCACUCUGCUGUGCACUAGAAUAACAGAUUGAUUGCAGGGUGCUUUUCAGAAUCGGGGAAAGCAGAGAGGCCAAUUUGUAGCUCUUGUAAAGCUGAUUUUAUUUUCAGUCUUAGUUACUAAACAAUACAGGCUGCAGGACUGAAAUGAGCAAAGAAAAUAGGCGAGGCUCCUAUGUGAGUUUUGUAGUAGUUGAAGCAAUUUUUAAGACCACUAACAUGUGCUGAAGUAAUGGCUCACAGUGGGAGUAGCAUGUGUGUAGAAGUAGUGAUGCUGAUAGAUUGUACUGCCAGUUUAUGGCUUAUGCUAAUGCUAGUUGACAAUACCGCAGAGCGAAAUGGUUUUGGCUGAAGUAAAGAAAAUGCUGGGGUUGUUUAUGUGCUGAAAAGUGUGUUCUCUGAGUCUGAUCUGUGCUGUAGGAUGUAACAGAGCAGUAGCCUUGUGGACUGUUGACACCAACGUUACUUAUUAUUGCACUUUCAGUCUGUAUAAAUGUUGGUUGCUCAGUGAUUAAAGAAGUGAUGAUGGUGUACAUCCUUUAAAUAUACUUCUUUUUAAACUUUUCUAACAAUUCCAUUAUCGCAACUUUUGAGGAACAGUUUGAGAUCUUUGUAAAUGCAUUUAUUCCUUUUCUUGCAGAAUUAGAUGACAAAAUGUCUGCGUGCUGUCUAAUGCGUGUAGCUGGAGUCGGUCUGUUUAAUAGCCACCAGGGGGCGAUACCUGCGGUUUCAAGAAAACGUCCUGUCCUGUAGAAGUCUAUAGGAAAACGGCCCUCAGACUUGACCUCUGUAAUCACUUUUGUGUUGAGUUUAUGGGCUCGGCCACUCAUUUCAGGUCAUACCGAAUCAAACAGUCAGUUUUGUAAAUUUUGGUAAUUUUGUGUCAGAAAUUACGAUUAUCAAGGAUCUACUCAUUGACUCGUGACUUGUUAAUCACAAGUUGUUAGCCAAUCAGUGUGUGCUUUCUGACUGAGAUGGCUAUUGUCACAUCCUGUUUUGAAACACCAAAAAUGCUCCUGAGGAACUUCAGACACGUACUGUGUGGGUGAUGUCACGGUGGCUGUGUAUGGGGGUUAGCACUGAGGUGGCCUCCAGAGGGACAUAGUAACUUAUAUAAAGUAAGCAUAUGGCCACACAUUGGAUAACAGAAGCUUCCUUACAGGUUGCAAUUAAAAUAUUAAUAUUAAAAACAUUCACCCAAAUGUUACUUCUAGCUACUGCACUGAUUCCAGACUGAGACUAAAACUUAAAUAAACACUGAUCGCAGUCACCUCAGUAUACUUUAUCAUAAUAAUUCUCCCUCUUAUUGGAUUUUUUUGGGGUUGUUUUGUGUGUUUUUAGAAUACUGGGAACCAGAUUGAGGGAGUCGGCCCUUGGGCCUUAUUUUGUCCAUGUGCAGCGUAAUGUAAAGACUGGAAAGAGGGGAAGGUUGCUCUGUUGCUCUGUCCGAAGGUAACAAAACACAUCAGCCUUCACUGCUAAAGCUCAGUCAUGAGAAUGUAAUAUUUUGUUUGACAAUGAUGAGCUGUUUUGUCACAUAAUGCUGCUUGGUCAAGACCUGUUGGCUUCAUAAUAUAACACACUGGCCAUGUUAUCUUCACUUUUCAGUGUGCAGGGUGGAGUGAUGGAGUUCGCUGAGUGUCUAAAACAGAGACAAUAUGACCUCGGGGGGGAGGGGGUGCAUAGCCAGAAACAUGAGAUACUUUAGGAAUUUAAAAAAAAAAACUGAAUCUUACAUAGCUAUUCUAGUUGACAGCUCUAUAAAUAUAGAGCUGACACUUAGAAUAAUAGGUACCUUUUAAACUUGACAGCUAAGCUAAUUAUGUCUGGGCUCCAGCUACAUUGGUAUGAGGCUGAAUUUGUGAUCUGGCAGCAGUAAACUCAGUAAGUGCAUUGCCCAAAAUGUCAAACUGUUCCUUAAAUGUAGAUAUGCAAUACUCAAUGGAGCUUCCAGGAUUUGUAACAUGUAUUUGUUUGUUUGAAAGUCUCUUUUUCUGGCACUGAGGCUACGUUCCUGCUACUUUGUGUAAUACUGUAGCUAGCUGACAUUAUCAUCUGUACAGACCACCCUGCAUGCACAAAACUGUGUGUCCCAUCAUUUUCUUCCACAGUUUUGCUAACUAUAACCUUCCUGUAACACUCCAGCUUGACACUGAGCCAUUCAUGCUGACAGUAACGUAGCUAUAACUGUUUAUUUUGUAAUCCUCACUCAAUCAGGUGUUCAAGUUGUAAACUGCCAUGUUACUGUUUUAGGGACUCACUCUGGUUUCAAGAAGACUGUGUAAACCCAGCUGUUCAGCAUGUUGGAUUUUGGCAGAUGCAUGGUUCUGCUAAAUUUGUAUCUGUCUGAAUGUCUAUAACCAUAUUUUCUACUCUCUGUGUUGAGCAAAGUGAAAUAAAUAACGACACGAGUGAAAAUGCAAGUCUUCCGUGUUGUUGUACUCCUGCAGUUUGACCAGCAGGUGGCACUGCUAUUCAUGAACCCUGCAUUGGACUUGAACCACGAGCAACUAACAAUUGUACCAGGAAGUUUCAGUAAGAAAGAAGAAAAAACCCCAACCAGUUCCUAUAAGUUCCUCAUUCCCUCAUUGGUGCAACAGUCUGUGUCGACCAGCUGACCCACAUGUCAAGCCACCACAGCACCAGUGCUAAGUGUGUCACCCACUUCUAUGUAAAACACAGAGAGGAAGACGAUAGCUGAGGACUAACACGGUUCAACAUUUUGGAUUAACAGUUGUCUUAACUGGGGAUACAGACUGAGAGAGAAUGGGCUGCAUGAAGUCCACACUGAGUCAAGGCCUGAGCGGAGGGGUGGAGGGGAAAAUCAUCCGGCAGGCUGCGCAUGCUAACCAGUCACGCUACGUCACAGAGCCGACCCUCAAUCCAAAAAUCAACACAAAUAACUCCCUGUUACCUGGUCAGGUGUUCCAGAAGAUGGAGGAACAAAAGGGGGUGAACAAAAUAGUGAUCGGCCUUUACCCGUAUGAAGCUGUGCAUCCUGAUGACUUAGGAUUCAAGAAGGGAGAUAAGAUGAAAAUUUUAGAGGAACAUGGCGAGUGGUGGAAAGCAAAGUCUCUGGUAACCAACAAAGAGGGAUUCAUCCCGUGCAAUUACGUGGCCGAAGCCGACACCAUGGAGACGGAGGAUUGGUUUUUCAAGGACAUCACAAGGAAGGAUUCAGAGAGGCAACUGCUGGCACCAGCAAACAAGCCCGGCUCUUAUCUAAUCAGAGAAAGUGAAACAUCAAAAGGGAGUUACUCAUUGUCCAUCAGGGACGUAGAUGCUCGGGGAGUCGAGUCAGUGAAACAUUAUAAGAUCCGGAUGCUGGAUAACGGUGGCUGCUACAUCUCUCCCAAAAUCUCCUUUAAUGACAUCAGCAGCAUGAUCAAACACUAUCACAACAAAUCAGAUGGCCUGUGCCGUAAACUUGACCGUCCUUGUGUAAAGCCCAAAGCUCAGAAACCCUGGGAUAAAGAUGCCUGGGAGAUACCCAAAGACUCCAUUAAGAUGGUGAAGAAACUGGGAGCAGGCCAGUUCGGGGAAGUCUGGAUGGCGUACUACAACAACGCAACCAAAGUGGCGGUGAAGACGCUGAAGCCGGGCACCAUGACGGUCGAAGCUUUUUUGGAUGAAGCCAAUGUGAUGAAGACGCUGCAGCACGACAGGCUGGUGCGGCUCUACGCUGUUGUCACCAAAACAGAGCCCAUCUACAUCAUCACCGAAUUCAUGGCAAACGGGAGCCUGCUAGACUUCUUAAAGAGCGACACAGGAUGCAAGCUGCAGCUACCCAAGCUCAUCGAUUUCUCUGCGCAGAUAGCAGAGGGCAUGGCGUACAUAGAGAAGAAGAAUUAUAUUCACAGAGACCUGAGGGCAGCCAAUGUCCUGGUGUCUGAGAGCCUGCUCUGUAAAAUAGCUGAUUUUGGCCUGGCGAGAGUCAUUGAGGAUGAUGAGUACUCUGCCAGAGAGGGCGCCAAAUUCCCCAUUAAGUGGACGGCUCCAGAGGCUAUUAACUAUGGCACCUUCACCAUCAAAUCAGACAUGUGGUCCUUCGGUGUCCUGCUCUAUGAGAUUACCACCUAUGGGAAAAUCCCUUACCCGGGCAUGUCUAAAGUAGAGGUGAUGUCCUCGGUGCAGCGCGGCUACAGGAUGCCUCAGCCCAACAACUGUCCCGCUGAGCUGUACGAUAUCAUGAUGUCCUGCUGGAAGCACAGACCUGAAGACAGGCCCACAUUUGACUACUUACAAAGUGUCCUGGAUGACUUCUACACCUCCACAGAGGCACAGUACCAGCAGCAGCCAUAAAUGGAGACAAAACCAGAGACUUUUGAUGCAUAAAGAUAUUCACAAGAUGUUUGCAUUAUGUUUGGAGCUACUUUAGAUACAUGAUUGUAUUUUCUCUGUUUAUAUUCUUGUAUAUAUAACAUAUUCUACAGUAAACUAUGUGACAUAUUUACUGUGGACAAAAUACACUUUGCAUAUUCCAGAAUAUACUUUUUACUGUUGCCAUUUAGGGUGUGUAAAUAUGUUUGGGGCAGUUAAAGCCUCAGUGAUUUUGAGGAAUUUUAUAAAAACAUGAACAUAAGAUAGAAAAAAAAGAAACUGUAUAAUGUUACUUUUGCCUUUUGACACUAGAGUCGUAUAAAUAAUUGGGGGCAUUUUAUGUUUUUGAAGGUGACUGAACAAACCACAGACAUUAUACACAGAAUUUGUGAAGUAAGGAUAUGUAAGUUAAGAAUACACUUUUCACGCUCUGCAAACUUUUAGUGAUGAUAUUUUGGUCUCAAAAGAAGCUGAGUUGGGUUAGUUUUCAUUAUAUGAUUGAAUUUUUGAAUUUCAUGAAAUAUAAAUGUUUUUCCAGCAGAAUGGUACUUUUAGAUUUUAUCUUAGAGUUCAGAACUUACUAUUUCAGAAGCUGCUCUUAAUUAAAAAAAAAAAAAACCGUUUUCUUGUGACAUGAAAUUUCUAAAGCAGGGUUGUUUUUAUCACUUUGCUGUUGUUAAUCACCUGCAAGUCCACUUCAUAUUGAAGUGCUGCAGCUAUUGCUUGUGUGUGUGUUUUCUUUAUUAUGUCAUCAUUUCAAACAUGCUUUGUUAUUAAAAGGAGAUUUAUG